UAGCUUGGUGAACACAGCGCAGACAGGAACAGCUGAAAGAGAACAACAAAGCCACGACGACGACGGUACAAACAGCAGAUGUGCGCCUAAAAUACACUGAAAAGAUCGGUGACACCGUCGCUGGCCGAGGCGCUGAUCUCCCCUGAAACGAGUUUAAAAAGCCUUAGUUCAGUCACUCCCAGAGAUUAGACGAUGGGCCGUAUCUUCUUGGACCACAUUGGUGGAACACGCCUCUUCUCCUGUGCCAACUGUGACACCAUCCUGACUAAUCGGUCUGAGCUCAUCUCCACACGAUUCACAGGAGCCACAGGAAGAGCGUUCCUCUUCAACAAGGUGGUGAACCUGCAGUACAGCGAGGUGCAGGACAGAGUGAUGCUCACCGGCAGGCACAUGGUAAGGGACGUCAGCUGCAAGAACUGCAACAGCAAGCUGGGUUGGAUCUAUGAGUUUGCCACUGAGGACAGUCAGCGGUACAAGGAGGGACGCGUCAUCCUGGAGAGGGCUCUGGUUAGAGAGAGCGAGGGCUUUGAAGAGCAUGUUCCCUCAGACAAUUCAUGAGCUCCCGGCGUUGGAUUAUGGGAAGCUCACUCCCGUGCCCUCCUUUUCCUCUCCUUUACCCCCUGGCCUCUGCGCUGCACAGCACCACCUGCAGACUUAGUGGUCAGUGAAGUUUUGGCUUCACCCCUCCCACACCCCUUCCCUGUCUGUGGUCUAUGAACUUAGACCUCUGCUGAUUAGAAGAUUGGUGUCCUGGAUCUAUUCUUGCUGAACAGGCUUCCCCAAAAAUACUCCUUGAUUUGUGUGUCACAGGGCAGUCCCCCAAAAUAGCUGGGAACACUGUUAGCGACUUCACUUAAGCGUUCAAGCACGGUCACACAGAAUUAUCAUCAUCGCUGCACAAGGCAUGCACCACACUUUCGUGGUAAUUAAAUACAUGCAUGAUUAUACAUGGGUCACUCGCAUUACAAAACAUCACCUAGUUGUUUUAUUUAUCUAAAUAACUGGAGGCAGUAGAGCUGAGUAUGAUCAUCAUCCCAGUAUGGGCAAAGCAACCAGCUCACUCUACAUGACACUGUUUAAUGAGCCAACUGAGAUGUCACUCUACAUACUGCUUUUGUGGAAUUUGUGCUUCUGUGUUGUGAACUUUGUCUCAGUGUAUUUGUCACUGUUUAGCAAUGAAUGCAAUUUAAGACCGUGAUAGUUGUUAAUCCUGUAUAAGUUACCUUUUUCUGAGCUUGUAGUAAAAUGGAUGUAAUAGUGUUUAAAAUCUCUGUUCUCAUCCAAAUGAUACCGCACAGACUGAUGUCAUAUUUAAGUAUUCAUUGUUGUGUUUGACAAUGAUAGCAGUUUUAUUUGAAUUUGGCUUAAAUGAUGUGUAUUUAUUUUGAGUGAAAUGUACACAUAGUGGCUUAAGUCAGCCAUUUGAUAGUGUAGAAGCGAUAUCCCAUGCAGCAAACAGUCCUUCUAUUUAAUUCAGUUCUACCAAUCUACAUCUGUUACCAUAGAUUCUGUGCCUGUGUGUGCUGUGCGAAGAACAACAUGUCACUUCGGUGACUUGUCAGGAGCAUGUAGCUGUCAGCCAUCAAUGUGGCCGAAGCAGAAAGUGUCUGAGACGCGAUGGAGACAUUCUCUGGCUGCCUGCUGGCUUAAACACAGGAUGAUGAGAUAAUGGGUCAUAUAUUUGAAAGUAUGUGAUCAUCAAGGACAAGCCAAAAGAGCUUCUGAACAACUAAAAACAAAACACAAUUGACCUUCAAUAAACAGUUUUUUUUCUCUCAAAUCUGAAAAUAUGUUCAAAUUAAACCUGUGUUGGCCAUGUUGCAUUCGUUUCUACAGAGUUCUCUGCAGAUGCUGUCUCCUAGUGUUAAAGUACAAUUGGGAUAGUGACCCUCUCUCUUUUUUAUAAUCCUGGGCUUAGGGGCAUAUUUGGUCAUAAGAUGACAGGUCUCUUACAACACGAACUCAGGCAAGCUUUAAUGGAGUAUUUAUCUUUAAAGUCAAGCUCUCUUCCUCCGACCAGGCCAGAGCCUCCAUUUUAUAUCAUCAAACUGUUAUAAAAAGACAUAAUUUUCAUGACAUUUGAGGUGAAUUUUGGACUGCGUUAUAGCGCAGCUUCGUGGCCCUGGUGUGUCAUUGUGCCAUGUCAGAUUAUGCAUGCCUGUAGGCAUUACCAAAAUGGUUCACACUUGACUAGUUUGACACUGUUAAUGUUUUGCUUGCCUUUGCAAGGUCAUACAAGACAGUGUGAGUUGUCAUUUCUAUAAACAAGUUAAAUAUAUACGGGGCAUUGACAUCAUUCAUGUCCCAAAGUCAGUGCAGUGUGCAGUCAGUGGCCACAAUAGAAUAUUAUCAUUUUGUUGUUCACUUUUAGCAUUUUAUUGAUAUGCUAUUUGUUUUUAUUUGCUUUACAUUAUAUGAUUAUUUUAUUGACUGAUACAUUUAUCCUUUUGAAUAUUUCCUUGAUCAGAGAAGUGGAAAAUAAUUGUUUUCUUCUGUGGCUAUGGCAACAUUUUCUCUGACGUGAUUUCUAAAUAAAGAUGUAUUCUUGCUGGUUUCA